AUGAGAAACCAGCUCAGGUACAAGAUGGUGUUUGUUCCGUUCACUGGCAUUGGCAACCAUUGUCGAAAUGUAACCCUUGGAGCUGGGUUGUUGUCAUCGGAGAGCAUUGAAUCCUAUAAAUGGCUUCUGAAUUCAUUCAUAAAGUCAUUUGGGCGGCAGCCAAAGGUUGUAGUGACGGACCAAGACCCUGCUAUGAAACAGGCUAUUGAGGAGGUUUUUUCUACCAGCAGACACCGAUUGUGCAUGUGGCACAUAAUGAAAAAAUUUGCAGAUAAGGUUGGACACGAGUUGUGCAACAACGAUGAGUUUAAAAGGAGGAUGUGCGACAUUGUAUGGACUGAUUCCAUUGAGCCUGAAGAAUUCGAGAGGCAGUGGAAGUUGGUGAUGAUUGAGUUCGGUCUCAGUGAAAACAAAUGGAUUGAUGAUAUGUUUUCGAUGAGAAACAUGUGGAUUCCGGCUUUUUACCGGCAUGAGCCCAUGUCUGGUCUCAUGCGAACAACUUCGAGAUCAGAGAGCGAGAAUCAUUUUUUUUGCCAGGUGUCAAAUUCACAACUCACUCUUGUAGAGUUUAUGAAUCAAUUUGACGGUGCAAUGGAUGUCCAAAGGUUCAAUCAUAGAAAGAAUGAUCAUAUUUCAAGAUAUACUGAGCCUGCUGAUUGGAGCGAAAAUACUUUGGAAAAAGAUGCUGCUAAGAUAUACACCAGGUCUAUAUUCUUUGAUCAGCAAAUAGAGAUUCAUGGAACAAUUUCCGAAUGUCUGCCGAUGGACACCAAAAUCGAGGGUCCACAGAUCAGGAUAUUGAUGAAAGACUUUAAAGCCCAUGGAGAUGGUUUAUUAGAGAUGUUUGGUGUUAAAGAAAUACCAAACAAAUAUUUUAUGAAGAGAUGGACAAAGGAUGUGGUUCCGAAUGAAUUAAAUGUGAAGUACAAUUUAAGGGUGGGUGACAAGGAUGUGCAACACAAGGCUAAAUGGAUUGCUCGUGUAAUCAUCCACACAGGGGAGUAUUUGAUACUGAAAGGCAAACAACAAGGCAAACAACAAGGCAAACAGCAAAAGAAGAAGAUGAAGGGUGUCCAGAUUGAAAAAGAUCCCAGAGAUAAAGACAACGAGGUCGAAGACGAUAAAGAGGAAUAUGAGUUUGAAGAUUACAGUAGUGAUGAUGGAUCUGAAGAAGAAGAUCAGUGGGAGGAGGUUUCAGAAGAUGAUGAGGAAGAUUAA